UUUGAGGCUGCAGUGAGCUAUCAUGGCAGUCACCGUAUUCCAGCCUGGGCGAUGUCGGGAGACGUUACCUUUAAAAAAAGAAAAUCUGAAACCGCAAAUCACCAGUGUCACGUUGUCUACUGCUGUCCAGAGCCCAGAGCGCUUCCUCCAGCUUGGCGCCAAGGUCCCAAAGGGUGCGCUGCUGCUCGGCCCCCCUGGCUGUGGGAAGACCCUGCUGGCCAAGGCGGUAGCCACAGAGGCCCAGGUGCCGUUCUUGGCAAUGGCUGGCCCGGAGUUCGUGGAGGUCAUUGGAGGCCUUGGUGCUGCCCGUGUGCGGAGCCUCUUCAAGGAGGCCCGAGCCCGGGCUCCCUGCAUCGUCUACAUCGAUGAGAUCGACGCGGUGGGCAAGAAGCGCUCCACCACCAUGUCCGGCUUCUCCAACACCGAGGAGGAGCAGACGCUCAACCAGCUUCUGGUGGAAAUGGACGGAAUGGGAACCACAGACCAUGUUAUCGUCCUGGCGUCCACGAACCGAGCCGACAUUUUGGACGGUGCUCUGAUGAGGCCAGGCCGACUGGACCGGCACGUCUUCAUUGAUCUUCCCACGCUGCAGGAGAGGCGGGAGAUUUUCGAGCAGCACCUGAAGAGCCUGAAGCUGACCCAGGCCAGCACCUUUUACUCCCAGCGUCUGGCAGAGCUGACACCAGGAUUCAGUGGGGCUGACAUCGCCAACAUCUGCAAUGAGGCUGCGCUGCACGCGGCUCGAGAGGGACACACGUCCGUGCACACGGUCAGCUUUGAGUACGCCGUGGAGCGCGUCCUUGCAGGGACUGCCAAAAAGAGCAAGAUCCUGUCUAAGGAAGAACAGAAAGUGGUCGCGUUUCAUGAGUCGGGCCAUGCCUUGGUGGGCUGGAUGCUGGAGCACACGGAGGCCGUGAUGAAGGUCUCCAUAGCGCCUCGGACAAAUGCUGCCCUGGGCUUUGCUCAGAUGCUCCCCAGAGACCAGCACCUCUUCACCAAGGAGCAGCUGUUUGAGCGAAUGUGCAUGGCCCUUGGGGGCCGGGCGUCAGAAGCACUGACCUUCAACAGGGUCACUUCCGGGGCACAGGAUGACCUGAGGAAGGUCACCCGCAUUGCCUACUCCAUGGUGAAGCAGUUUGGGAUGGCACCUGGCAUCGGGCCCAUCUCCUUCCCUGAGGCACAGGAGAGCCUCGUGGACAUCGGGCGGCGCCCCUUCAGCCAAGGCCUGCAGCAGAUGAUGGAUCAUGAAGCAAGACUGCUGGUGGCCAAGGCCUACAGACACACCGAGAAGGUGCUGCAGGAGAACCUGGACAAGCUGCAGGCGCUGGCAAAUGCCCUUCUGGAAAAGGAAGUGAUAAACUAUGAGGACAUUGAGGCUCUCAUUGGCCCACCGCCCCAUGGGCCUAAGAAAAUGAUCGCGCCACAGAGGUGGAUCGACGCCCAGAGGGAGAAGCAGGACUCUGGAGAGGAGGAGGCGGCGGAAGAGGCCCAGCAGCCCCCACUUUGAGGCAAAGAGCCAUCUUGGCCAAAGUAGUUGGGACGUGUUGGCCACACGUGCAGGUGAUCCAAGAAGUGAGCGGCUCACUCAGCCACCCUGCGUUUCUUUUCAGCUGAGCUUUGCACUUGCUCUUGGGGCCCUCAGUAGUCUCUGCACAGCGGCUUCUGAGAUCUCUUUAUUGAUUACCCUUUUCACGAUUGUAAAUUUCUCUCCGAAACAGCUGAAUGAGCCUUGUGUUUGUGCAUUGUUUCCCCCAUGGGGAAGGUUAUUAGUGCUUUCCCAAGUGAGCAUGGGACACCUCGAGUUCCCAGGGUUACAGACACAGCCCUUCCCAGUGUGGCUGAGGCCACCCAGAGACCGCACAGCAUUCAGACUCUGAACAGACCCCUGUUCAUGCUGACGUCUGCACAGCCGUUCAGUUUCCGUGGCUCCCUCGGAAUGCUAAGGGGAUCGGACAUGAAAGGACCCUCUGAGCCGAUUGUCCUGACUCCAGCGGCUCUGUCAUGGAGCUCACUCAUCAAUGAAGCUACACAGGCCCAGAAACUGGGCUCUAGAGGACUCAGCACUGCCACCUGCUGCCGUGUGGACAGGUGCAGGUUGAGGACUUCUCGCUGGUCUAGUCAUGCAGUGUUGGGAUGCAUUGGUUUUUAUUGCCACGAGAAUUGUUGAGUUACUUCACUAAUAAACUCUGUGGAUGGAAAAGUCUA